AUGGAAAUUGACGAACUUUGUGUCAAGACAUUGAGAUGUCUUGUAUCAGAUAUGAUUCAUAAUGCUAGAUCUGGACAUCCAGGAAGUGCAUUAGGUUUAGCUCCAGCACUUCAUAUUUUAUUCUCAAAAUUCAUUAAUUUUGACAAAAAGUGGAUAAACAGAGAUAGGUUUCUUUUAGGACCAGGACAUGCAUCAACAAUAUUAUAUGCAAUUUUGCAUUUAUAUACAGGAAACCUCAAAAUGGAAGAUCUCAAACAAUUCAGAAGGUAUGGCUCUUUAACACCAGGUUCUCCAGAAGCAUCAAUCACAGAAGAUAUUGAAGUCACCACAGGACCAUUAGGCUUAUCAGUUGGCUAUGCAGCUGGUAUGGGUUGUGCUGAAGCACAUCUUGAAGCAAGAUUUAAUCGUCCCAACUUCCCUAUUUUCAAUCACAAGGUCUUUGCAGUUAUAUCAGAUGGCGAAAUGAUGGAAGGACCACAGGCAGAGAGCGCUUCAUGGAUUGGUCAUCAGCGUCUUGAUAACUUAGUUUGCAUUUAUGACUCAAAUAACAUAACAAUUAAUGGAACAACUGAUAUUGCAUUCACUGAGGAUGUAAUGAAGAGAUACGAAGCUUAUGGUUGGAAAGUUCUUGAAGUCAAAAACGGAAACACAGAUUUGAAGGAAAUCGAAAAUGCCAUCAAACAAGCAAUAGAAAUCAAAGGAUAUCCAGUUCUUAUUAAGUUAAACACUACAAUUGGCUACGGCUCUGAUGAUGCAAACACAACAAAGAUUCAUGGAACUCCAUUCAAUGAUGAAGAGAUCAAGAAGCUCAAGCAAAACCUUGGUGCUGAUCCAAAUGCAACAUUCUUCGUUCCACAAGAAGUUUACGAUUACUAUAAGCAAAUUCGUGAAAGAACUCAACAAAAAGUUGAACAAUGGAACAAAAUGUUUGCUGAAUACAAAAACCAGUAUCCAAAAGAAUACGAAGAGCUCCAGAAAAUCAUAAAUCCACAUUAUACAAUUGAAGAAUUCAAGAAGUUUAUGCCUACAAGCAAUAUCAAUGAUGUCAUCGCAACAAGAGUUUCUUCAGGAAGAAUUCUUAACAUUCUUAAAGAUCAUCUUCCAGGAUUAAUUGGAGGAAGUGGUGAUUUGACACCAAGUGUUUGCACAGCACUCAAAGGAGAAAAAGAUUUCCAGAAAGGCUGCAGAGAAGGAAGAAUGAUUGAAUACGGAAUCAGAGAGCAUGCUAUGCAGUGCAUUGCAAGCGGUAUUUCAUAUUAUAGAUUGCCCGGUCUCAUUCCAUUCACAGCAACAUUUUUGGUUUUCUAUCAAUAUGCUUUUGGAGCAAUGAGAGUUGCUGCUAUUGACAGAUUGAAGCAAAUUCACAUCUUGACACAUGAUUCUAUUGGUCUUGGCCAAGAUGGAGCAACACAUCAGAACAUCGAGAACUUCGCAAUGCUUAGAUCACUUCCACAUAUUACUUUGUUUAGACCAUGCGAUUAUCUUGAGACAUCUGCUUGCUAUUCUUUGGGUCUCGCAGAGAGAAAAGGACCAAUCAUGCUUGCUUUGUCAAGACAAAAUGCACCUCCUGUUCCAGGAUCCUCUUUCGAUGGUGCUCUCCAUGGAGCAUACAUUAUCAAGGAUUCUCCAAAUCCAAAAUUGAUAUUUGUUGCUACAGGAACUGAAGUUUAUCUUGCAUUAAAGACAAGUGAACUUCUUGAUGUAGAAACAAGAAUCGUCUCAAUGCCAAGUACACAAGUCUUUGAAGAGCAGCCUGAUGAAUACAAGCGCAAAGUUUUGCCAGGAAAUGUUCCAACAAUAUCUAUCGAAGCAGGAGUAAGACUUGGCUGGGAAAGAUACUCUCAUUUCCACUUUGGUGUCGAUUCAUUUGGUUGCUCAGCUUCUGGCGAAAAAAUGUACGAAUUAUUCAACUUGACACCAGAGAAAUGUGCAGAACGUGCAAAGAAAGUACUUGACUACUUCAAAGACAAGCCAAUACCUGAUUUAUCUCCUCGCCCUACAUUUUAA